GGAAUACAAGCACAAACCUGCGUGUACAAACUAUAGGGAGGGAGAUCUUGGUGGAUACAGAGAAAGAGGGGCCAGGUUUGUCCUUGGGAAGGGAAGGCAGAGGGAUUGGAGGGUCACCCGGGCAUGUCCUUUCCACCAGCGCACACACACCCCGACACCCCCGUGGCCUGUCCUCCUCAACCGAACCCGAGCACAUGCCCUGCUUCCCCUCGAACUCCCCUAUAAAUACCCCCUCACCCCUCUUUUAAUUCUCCCACCCAGCUACCGCACUGGAAAUUCUCUCCUCUACUUUCCAACCAUCUCAGCUUUCCUCUCUUUUGCACGCUUCCUGGUCUCUAUCAACUUCUAAGCAAUUGGUAGCAGUCUGAGAAGGGAAGGAAAGAAGAAAUGGCGAUUAGGAAGUCCAACAAGCUCCCCCAAACGGCUGUUUUGAAGCAAAUACUGAAGAGGUGCUCGAGCUUGGGGAGGAGUGGAGGAGAGCAAGAAGGGUUGCCGGUGGACGUGCCGAAGGGCCACUUCGCGGUGUACGUUGGGGAGAAUCGGAGCCGGUUCAUUGUUCCCAUCUCUUACCUCUCCCACCCCGAGUUCCAGAGCCUCCUCCGGCGAGCAGAGGAGGAGUUCGGCUUCGACCACGACAUGGGCCUCACCAUCCCCUGCGAGGAGGUCGUCUUCCGGUCCCUCACCUCCAUGCUACGAUGAAGAGGACAGGGAUGAUGAGGAAGGAGGGAGGGAGCUCUCUCUCUCUACCUCUACCUCUCUCUGUGUGGCUUGCCCUCUGUUCCUCUUUUUUGCCGGCUUCUCUCUCACCUGUUCUGUUCUUUUUGCCGGCUUCUCUGCUCUCUUCUUCUUUCUUCUUUUUUAUUGUAGUGAUUCUGACGUAAAGCCCAUGGGAUUGUCUAUGGGUUGGAUUUGUACAUCUCAGAGCGGCGUGCGGUUUGCGCCGCCCUGUGAGAGCUAAUUAGUGAAGGAUGAAGAGAGAUAUAUCUCUCUUUUCUUCU